UGUCCUGGAAACAUUAGAGGAAGCAGUCGAAGAGCCACACUCUUCAGGACGAUUGCGCUCAUUUGGAUUAAAAGUGAAACUUUGAAAUACGACCAUCAUGAACGGAUCCGCGCAUAGUGCGCCGACGGAUCUUGAUAUUAAGCUCAAAAGAGGCCCUGCUGGUCUGGGGUUUAAUAUAGUGGGUGGAGUGGACCAACAGUAUAUAAUGAAUGACGGCGGAAUCUAUGUGGCAAAAAUCAAAGAAAAAGGAGCAGCUGCACAGGACGGACGUCUGCAGGAGGGAGACAAAAUUCUUGCGAUAAAUGGUCAAAAGUUGGAGAAUCUGUCUCACAGUGCAGCAGUGGAACUGUUUCGGUCUGCAGGAGAGGACGUGCAGCUCAGUGUGCAGCAGCGAUCUUCGCUCCCGCAAAAUGGCCCCGCAAGCUCUCGCGGUGAUGGAGAAUCUUCACCUGCUCUUGGCACAUGGACCUUGUUUACAGUAUUCACUCUGGCAGUAGCAGCAGCAGGUUUCAUCAUUUACAAACGCAUUCAGUUGCGUCCUCGGGGACCUUGUUAACUCACAUAAUCACAUUUUACAGACUAAAGCUUGGUUUGAACUGAUUCUGCUAAGGGCCCAAACAUUAACCGAGAGGGAAAAUGGAAACCCAGUUAAUGGAAGCAGAAAGAAAACAGAUUUUCUUUAAUUGUUAAUACAAUUGUUAGAAUGACAUAGCUGUACAUUUGUAUUUAAUUCUGUGAUUUUGGCAAUUAACCAGAAUUCCCAGCAUGCUGUAUCAGCCUGAUGACAUUGCAUGGAGGAGUGAGAUCAUUGUUUUGAGGGAACAGGGAUGAGCACGGUGAUGGGAUAACAGUGGCAGAAGAAAUCGCCAUAAUCUGAAUUGAACAGAAGGACCACAGGCAGGACCGUGGUGGAGCUGUUUCUCUGGGCAGGAAACAGGCCCACAGAGUGAUUUUUCUCAUCUUGUUCCUCUCUGGAGGACUGGAAUGAGCCUUAGGUGAACUAUUAAAUUAUCUGAGCUCUUCUCAGGUUCCUGCUUGUGCAAGAGUAUGUUUCAAGGUGUGCAUGAUAUGGGUUGUCUUUUUUUUCUUUUUCUCCUCCUGCUAGUUUAUUUCUUAUCCAUGUUCAGACACACAUGCUGUGGGAGGUGGAGAUUUUCGAUUUGUUUAUUUGGCAUUAGUGCUUGGCCUGUAUAUGCUCUGUCUUUAAUGUACCUCCCUCAGGGAAAAACUAAAGAUGGCACUUGUUCACAAUCAAAAUGGAUAUGUGAUUUAUUGUUGAUGUUGUAUAUGGCUUAUGACUUACACUAAAGUUUUGGAGCUUUAAUCUGCACCUAUGAAAAAUGUAGUGCCAUGCCAGGUUGAGCUGCUGGUUUCAGUGCUGCCCCUGUUUGCAGGUACUUGUGCAAUGUUCGGGUCUUGAGCUCGGCACUUUUUCUUACUAUAAUUAUGUGUUCUGUAACUGACAAGUGUGUGUUUAUGUUGUCCUGAUGGGCAUUCUGCAGGUCUUUGUGGACGAAUCCGAUAGUAAAGCCUUUAUUCAUGAAAUGCUUGUCAUUCGCACUUCACAAUUAAAAUAAUGUUAGAUUCACAUCAUGCAUUGAAUAAAUAAUUUGAGGGGAAAAAAAACACAUUUGAGUUUAUCUUGACUUUGAAGCAAAAUCGAGUACAUGGGCCUUUUCCUUUAUCAAAUCAAAUUACUGAUGUAGUUGUAAUUUCCAGUGUGUUUAAGAUCUAUGUUCUGCAAAAGUGUUAAGAGUGACUAACAGUAAUGUGUGUAUAUAUAUGUAUAUGCUGAAAGCUUUAUGGAUAUAAGGUGAUUCUUUUGUUUUGCAAAAUUGGCUUUGGUUUUGACGUUCUAAAUAAAAAGUCGUCAUUCCAACAUUUUGGGGAAGGAAGGAAGAGCGGG